AUGUCAAGAUCAGGGUAUAAUGGUUUUCGAUUGUUUCACUGUCGUGAAGGUGGAGCUAUUUUUGUUCCGCCCAACAAAUGUGCGAGUGAUCGCAGGUUUGCAGAUACAGAAGGCAGCUAUUCUUUUAGUGCGGUAACACCCGAUACAAACGCUAUAAAAUUUGGACACGUUGAUUGUCCUUCAGUGCUGGGAGCUGUACCACCGUUAGUAAUAAAAGAUUUAGAUGAAUUGGAAGCCAUAUGCGGAAAAUUUAAAGGAAUUCAGGGACAUCACAAUUCCUGCUAUUUAGACGCAACAUUGUUUUCAAUGUUUACUUUCACUAGUGUAUUUGAUUCCAUUUUAUACAGAAGGCCAAACUCUGAGGAUAUUUCACAUUAUAGUGCUGUACAGAGUGUGUUACGUGAUGAAAUAGUUAAUCCAUUACGAAAAAAUGUUUUUGUGCGCGCUGACCGUGUCAUGAAACUGCGAAAUUUUUUGGACCAACUUAGUUCUGUAAGUGGUUUAACCAGUGAGGAAAAAGAUCCAGAAGAGUUUUUAAAUAGUUUAUUAUCUCAAAUCAUGAGAGUGGAACCAUUUUUAAAACUGAGCUCUGGGCAAGAUUCUUAUUUCUAUCAACUAUUUGUAGAGAAAGAUGAGCGAUUGACGUUUCCAACAGUACAACAACUGUUUGAACAAAGCUUUCAUUCAUCCGACAUAAAAUUAAAAGAGGUUCCGUCAUGUCUAAUUAUUCAAAUGCCACGGUUUGGAAAGAGCUAUAAAAUGUAUCCUCGCAUUCUACCCUCUCAAGUGCUGGAUAUAACAGAUAUCAUUGAAGAUUCCCCUCGACAGUGUUCCAUUUGUGGGAAACUUGCUGAAUUUGAAUGUCGAGAAUGUUUUGGUAGCUUGCAGGUUGGUUCUGGUCUCGAGUGUACAGCUUUCUGCCAAAAAUGUCUUAAAACAGUACAUACGCAUGGAAAAAGAGUAAAUCAUGAAACAAAGAAAUUGUCUGUACCAAUAGACUUCAAAGUAAUGGCUGAUAACAUGGUUUUACCCAGUCUUUAUAUGGAGCUAUUUGCUGUUGUAUGCAUAGAAACUUCUCAUUACGUAGCAUUUGUGAAAACGGGCUCUGGACCAGAUGCUCCUUGGUGUUUUUUUGAUUCAAUGGCGGACAGAAAAGGUGAAAAAAACGGGUAUAAUAUACCGGAAAUGAUAUCCGUUCCUGAAAUACCUCAGUGGCUAUCUGAUGAGGGGGCUAAACACAUUAAUGAAAGGUCCACAAAUGACAAGGCCUUACCCGAACAUGCUAAACGUCUCUUUUGUGAUGCAUAUAUGUGUAUGUACCAAAGCACAGAUGUCAUGAUGUACCACUAAAUAGGUAUUUGCCAU